GAUCGCGAGCGCCGCGGCAACGACCGCGACCGCCGCGGAGAGGACCGAGGUCGCGACGGCCGGGAGGGCCGUGGUGGCGAUGAAGAUCGUCCUGACCGGCGCUACGCCGCGGCCACCACGCCCACCUUGCGACCCAGGCCGGGCCAGGAGGAGCGUGGAGGCUACGGCAAAGGUGGUAAAGGCUUCGGAUCCAACUGGGGCAAUCGCGACUUUGGUCGGGACGAGAAAGGCAAAGGCAAGGGUCGGCCUGAGUGGAACCCUGGCUUGGCAAGGAAUUUGGACCUGGAAAACGAGAAGGGCGGCGGCCGCGGGCGGAUGCAGUGGUACAGCGACCACGACGACCGCCAGGAGGGGAACGUUCAGAGACGACGUGGAGGUAGCCCUGACAAUUGGAAGCACGACAUGUUCGAAGAGCUCACCAAGCAGGCAGAUCCUAAGAAGGAAGCUGCAGAGGCCGAGUCCGAGGACAGAAAUGAGAAGUCAAAGGCAAAAAAGGAUGAAAAGGGUGAUAAAGAAGAGAAGGAGGAAGCCGAGGAAGCUUCUGAGAGUGAUGGCGAUUAG